AUGUCUCCCACCACCACCACCACCUUCCACCUCUUCCCUCUCCUCCCUCUCGAACUCCGCCUCCAGAUAUGGGAAUCCACCAUCACCCCCCGCACCGUCUUACUUCGCGUCGGCACGAGACACUGGCGUCCCUUUACUACCCAAGCCGCCUAUAGCCUGCUCCCAACCACGUCCGCGCCCGCGCUUCUUCGUACCUGCCACGAAUCCCGCGAGGUCGGGCUCAAGGCAUACACGCAAGCCUUUUCGGAAUGGGACACGGACCGUAGUCCGGGGCGGUGCAGUCCGGCGGCGGCGGCGGCCGCCAGGUAUCUUUGGGUGAACUUUGCGUUGGACAUGAUUGACAUUGGCGGGCUGGGGAUCCAAUUUGUGGCCAUGUACAAGAGGCAAAUCAGGCGGUUGAAGCUGGAGUGCGAUAGGGCGAACACGGUGGGGAGAUAUGAGUUUGGGUUGUUGAGGGACCAGCUGCAGACGGGGGAGUAUGAGAGGCUGAGGGAGGUGGAGAUUGGGGUUCGUGAUGAUGCGUGGUUCCCAGAGAGCUGGAGGCGGGACGGGGCGUUUGUGGAGGGGUGGAGGUUGGAGGUGAGGAAUUGGGAGGAUGGGAGGGGGUAUACUUUGUUGAUGGAGAGAAUGAUAGGUGGUGGUGAUGAUGAUGGGAAUUGUGGGUGA